GAUGGGGAGAGCCGUACAUCCAAGAGGGCCAGGACCCAAGGAGCUGCUGGGCAUUUUGGUAUGGAUCUCACUCUGGGAGAUGCUGGAACUGGCCAGUGGGCGAUGGUGUGAGAGGAUAGUCCAGGUGACAGAGGAGGAAGUGGUCGACCCGCGACGUGAGGAGGUGGUGCCCUGCUCCGACGUCUACCAGUACAACAUGGCGGGCUGGCAUCUGGACCAAGGAAGGAUGCACCAAGUCUAUGGGAGAGAGGAAAGCCUCACCCACCACCAUUCCCAGGCAGGAUCCAGCACGGCUCUGUGCUACAUCUACAAGCCAGAGCACACGAGACCCCUGGUGUGGAACCGCACGGUGCGUGCUUGCUGUGACGGCUGGAGUGGACCCCAUUGCUCAGAAGGAAUGGGCCUGAGGGGUCAUUGCUUUUCCACCUGGCAAUGCCAGGACAUGCCAAGGAUGCAGAACGUCUCGUUGGUCAGCAUAGAUGAGUGCUGCAGCCGACUGGGAGGGCACAGCUGGAAGAAUACCUCCUCCAGCCUCUGCUACAGCUGCUCCUACAUGCCCCCAAAAGGUGACCUGCCUUCACCCUUCCUUCUCAGAGCCUCAGCGCCCUCUGCACUACUGGGCCACUUGGGGAAACUCCGGCACCCCUUCGCCACCUGCAUGACCUGGGCCAGCGUCCACUAUCGCAGCUUUGAUGGCAAACAUUUUCGCUUCCACGGGAACUGCACAUACACUUUUGCCGCUGCAUCUGAUGGCACCUGGGCCAUCCAAGUCUCCUCCGGCAAGGGGGGCUGCUUGCCUGGUCUCUGCCACAAGACCCUCCACAUGUUGUUUGGACUCAGUUCAGUAGAGGUGCAAGGCAGGAACAUCUCUGUGAACGGUGCUGUGGUGCCAGAAGGGGAGCCAUGGAUGCAGAAAGGGGUCAGCAUCUGGUGGCUGGGAGACUUCCUCUUGGUGGAGAGCAGCCUGGGAGUUCGGAUCAAGUUUGACGGACGAGACACAGUCUAUGUUACUGUAGGGGCAGAGUUGAGAAGCACUACACAAGGGCUGUGUGGGCUGUACAACGACAACCCUGCAGACGACUUUCAGCGUGUGGGAGGGGACACGGCCACAUCGGUGGCUAGUUUUGGCAACUCAUGGCGUGUCUCGGAUGCUGCCUCGAGCUCCUGCGCAGAUGCUGCAGAGGAAACCCACCGCUGUGACCUGGGGGGAGGCCGUGCCACUCAGCCGGAGGCAGCGUCCGUGUGCCAGAGACUGAUGUCCAGCCCAUUCAGCCAGUGCCACUCAGAGGUGGACCCCAGCGGAGUCUAUGAAACCUGCAUGUACUUGCAGUGCAGUGGAGCUGGGGCAGAUGCCCUCUGCGAGACCUUUGCCAGCUAUGCCCGCGAGUGUGCCCAGCAGCGCGUUUUUCUCAACUGGAGGCAGCCUGGAUUCUGUGAGAAGUCCUGCAGCCAGGGGAAAGCGUACUCAGACUGCGUCUCUUCAUGCCCCGCCAGCUGUGCCGCUGUGGGCCCUGCCGAGGAGGGGGACUGCCGGAAUGAGUGUGUGAGCGGCUGUGAAUGCCCGCCGGGCCUCUACCUGGAUGAGGGGGCCUGUGUUCCGGAGAGCCAGUGCCCCUGCUUCCACUGGCGUCAGAAGUAUGCCCCUGGGGAGGCCUUGCAUCAGGGCUGCAAUCAGUGCACGUGCCGAGGGGGCCGCUGGCUUUGCUCCCGAGACCAGUGUGCCAGAGAAUGCGCUGUGUUUGGUGACUCUCACUACCUGACCUUUGAUCACAAGCGCUACUCCUUCCAUGGCACCUGCCAGUACGUCCUCGUGCAGGAUUUUGUGGAUGGGAAACUUCAGGUUUCAGCAGAGAAUGAAGCGUGUGGGAACCAAGGAGCCGUGAGCUGCCUCCGGGCCGUGACCGUCACCAUCCAUCAGGUGUCUGCUCGGCUGUCCCACACAGGGGAGGUGUUGGUGAACGGCCAGGAAGUUGUCCUCCCCUAUGCCAGCGCUGAUCUGACUGUGCAUCGUGCCUCCUCAUCUUUUCUGCUUCUCCAGACCUUUGGUGCCCAUCUGCUGUGGGGCACAGACUUCCCUGUGGUUUACAUCACCCUCCAGCCCCAGUUUGCCAACAAGGUCCGAGGGCUUUGUGGCACCUAUAGCUGGAACCAGCAAGAUGAAUUCACCACCCCUGAGGGGGACGUGGAGUCCAGUGUGACUACCUUUGCCAACAAGUUCCGUGUCUCCCACGACUGCCCCUCCGUUCGGGCUUUCACCUUUGACCCCUGCAGUACUUACACCCAACGCAGGCAGUUUGCAGAGGCCGCCUGCGAAAUCCUCCAUAGUCCCUCUUUCCAGCCCUGCCAUGACCUGGUUGAGAGGGAGCCCUUCCUCCAGCUCUGUCGCUAUGAUGUGUGUGGCUGCCCAGCUGAUAAGGACUGCCUCUGCCAUGCUGUGGCUGCCUACGCCAGAGAGUGUGCCCAAGAGGGAGCCCCCGUCUCCUGGAGAAAUCAGAGCUUUUGCUCGGUGCAGUGCUCUGGGGGCCAGGUCUAUCAAGAAUGUGCUGCCCCCUGCGGACUGACCUGCGCUGACCUGCGCAUGGAAGCUCUCGGUGCUUGCCAAGAUCUUGGUGGGGUCUGUGUGUCUGGAUGCAACUGCCCAGCAGGUCUGGUACUAGAUGAUGACGGGGUUCAGUGCAUCCGGCCAGAGAUGUGCACCUGCAUGGAUGGGGAGGAGGCGCUUCCAGCUGGCAGCAGGAUCUGGAAAAGCUGCAACAUCUGCACCUGUGUGAAUGGGGCCUGGAACUGUACUGAGAACAGCUGCCCUCAAGCCGUGGUCUGUCCUGGGGAGCUGGUCUAUGCCUUUGGCUCCUGCCUUCGCACCUGCGAGACCCCUGAGGGGGACGUUAGCUGCACGGGCCUCUCAGACGGCUGUGUCUGCCCCCACGGCACCGUCUUCUGGAACGAGCGCUGCGUCUCCCCAGAGGAGUGCCCCUGCCACCACAACAGCCGGCUGUACCAGCCCUACGAGAACUUCACCAAGGACUGCAACACCUGCACUUGCCGCAGUCGGCGCUGGGAAUGCAGCCACCACCACUGUGCUGGGACGUGUGUCGCCACCGGGGAUCCCCACUACGUCACCUUUGAUGGGCGGGCCUUCAGCUUCCUGGGGGACUGUGAGUACAUCCUGGUGCACGAGAGCGACGGGGCCUUCAGCGUCACUGCCGAGAAUGUGCCGUGCGGGAGCAGCGGCACCACCUGCACCAAAUCCGUCAUGGUGCUCAUCGGCAGCACUGUGGUCCACCUGCUCCGAGGAAAAGACGUGACUGUGAACGGGGUCUCAGUGCGGCCCCCCAAGACGUACACUGGGAACGGCCUGACCUUUGAGAGAGCUGGCCUCUUCCUCGCUGUUAUCUCCCAUGUGGGGCUGACGGUGCUGUGGGAUGGAGGCACACGGGUGUACGUGAAGCUGGACCCCAAGUACCAGGGCCGUGUGGCAGGCCUGUGUGGGAACUUUGAUGGGGACACGGAGAAUGACUUCACUAGCAGGCAAGGCAUCAUUGAGCCAACUGCCGAUCUCUUUGGCAACUCCUGGAGGGUCAGCCUGCUAUGCCCAGAAGUCAACAGCGAGGACUUUGAGCACCCGUGCACGGUGAACUCGCACCGUGUGACGUGGGCUCGGAAACGCUGUGGGAUUCUCCUGCAAGAUCUCUUUGCCCCCUGCCGGGAGGAGCUCCCAUGCGAGCCAUUCUAUGAGUGGUGUGUCUUCGAUGCUUGUGGGUGUGAUUCUGGGGGGGACUGUGAGUGUCUUUGCACGGCCAUUGCCACUUACGCUGAGGAGUGCAGCAAGCGCAGCGUGUCUGUGCGCUGGAGGAGCCAGGAGCUGUGCCCAAUGCAGUGUGACCACGGGUUGGAGUACGACUCCUGCGGCCCUGCCUGCCUCCAGACCUGCAAGAGCUUCGGCCUGGAGCCCCCAGAAUACUGCCAGGCCCUCUCCUGCGUGGAGGGAUGCUUCUGCCCGGAGGGGAAGGUGCUGCACGGUGGGCACUGCAUCGACCCCUCUGAGUGCCCCUGCUACUGGGAGGGCAUCUUGUUCCCACUGGGUGCGCUGGUGAUGCAGGAGUGCAGGAACUGCUCAUGCGAAGCAGGCCUGUGGCAGUGCACUGCGCCACUAGAGCAUUGCGUCACCCCACCCCGCUGUACCGAGACUGAGUUUGCCUGCCGUACAGGGGAGCGCUGCGUGCCCAGCGCGUGGGUCUGCGACAACGAGGAUGACUGCAGGGAUGGCUCAGACGAGUUCUGUGCCUUGAGCUGUGCUCCGCAUCAGUACCAGUGUGCCAGUGGGCAGUGCGUGCCGUGGGGCUACCGAUGCGAUGGCACCGCAGACUGCAUGGAUCACUCUGACGAGAGAGACUGUCCUGUGUCCACCUGCGCCCCGCAUGAGUUCCUCUGCUCCAACAGCCGCUGCAUCCCCCAGGACCAUGUCUGUGAUGGAGAGCUGGACUGCGGCUUUGCAGAUCACUCCGACGAGGCAGACUGUGGGCCGCCCUGUCAACCUGGUGAGUUCCGGUGCGCCACCGGGCACUGUUUGCCGUACCUGCACCGCUGUGACGGGCAUGAUGACUGCGGGGACUUCAGUGACGAGCAGGACUGCGUGUGCCCCCCUGGGGACUUCCAGUGCCCGGACGGCCAGUGUCUUGCCCCAGCUCUGGUCUGUGAUGGCAAACGGGACUGUCUCACUGGAGCGGAUGAGGCCUUCUGCCCAGGCCAAGUAACCUGUGCCCCUGGGCAGCUGCCUUGUCCAGAUGGCAUCUGUCUGAGCCACCAACAGGUGUGUGAUGGAGUGGUGGACUGCUCAGAUGGCACCGAUGAGAACGCAGCUCAGUGUCGGAUGACCCAGACCACACCGCUGGGUGUCACAGUUCCCUCAAGUCUCCCUGUGACCCCCCAAGCACCUGCUGACAGGACCACGGCGCCACCCUGUGGCCGUUACGAAUUCCACUGCCACAGUGGGGAGUGCCAGCCGCGGGGCUGGGUGUGUGACGAUGAAGCCGACUGCCUGGAUGGCAGCGAUGAGCUGAACUGCAGCCGCCUGUGUGGCCUGGACCAGUUCCCCUGCCAGCGCAGCAACGAAUGCAUCCACUACAGCCGCCUGUGUGAUGGGGUGCCCCACUGCCAGGACCAGUCGGACGAGAGCAUGGACACCUGCGGCUCUACCCAGAUCCCCCCAUGCCCGGGGUUCUUCAUCUGCAGCAACCGCAUGUGCAUCAAUGCUUCUCGGGUGUGUGACGGCUCCCCUGACUGUCCCCAGGGAGACGACGAGCUGGUCUGUGAAAGCCACGUGGCUCCACCAGGGGAGAGGAACCAGACAGAAGGACUUUGCACCGAGUAUUCCUGUGGAGAUGGCCGCUGCAUUGCCUUUAAGCAGGUGUGCAACGGACUGGCCGACUGCGCUGAUGGCAGCGAGACCUCUGGAUGGCUCCCUUCAGACGAGUGGGACUGUGGUCUCUGGAGCCCUUGGGCCCCCUGGAGCUCCUGCAGCCGCUCCUGUGGCACGGGCCUCCAGGUCCGCCGCAGGAACUGCACCCGGCGGGCAGAUGACGUUCUGCGGCACUGCCUGGGUGAGGAGACCCAGGCGCAGCAGUGUUUCGCAGUGGCCUGCCCAGUGGACGGCACAUGGAGCGAGUGGACAGCAUGGUCGAACUGCACCCGGGACUGCCGUGGGAUGGUCAUGCGACAGCGGGAGUGCCUGCCCCCCCAGAAUGGGGGCCGCCACUGCACAGAGACACCCGAUGCUUCGUCCAGCACCAUCGAGAUCAAGCCGUGUCAACUGGAAGGAUGCCGCAAUGCUUCCACCUGCCCUGGGGAACUGGUGAACCGGAAGUGUGCGCCCUGCCCCACUUCCUGUGCAGAGCUUUCCAGCCGAACCAGGUGCAAGAAGGACCGAUCUUGCAGUCCAGGGUGUUGGUGUCCCGAAGGUCUGCUUUUAGAUAGCGAGCAGCGUUGUGUGCGCCCGCGGGAAUGCCCUUGCCAAGUGGAGGGCACUCGCUACUGGCCGGGCCAGCUAGUGAAGGUCAACUGCCGUAUCUGUACCUGCCAGGAUGGGCAGAUGAAGCGCUGCCGACAAAACCCCGAGUGCACAGUGCAUUGCGGCUGGUCAUCCUGGUCCCCGUGGGGCGAGUGUCUGGGUCCCUGUGGGGUGCAGAGCAUCCAGUGGUCCUUCCGCAGCCCCAACAACCCUAGCAAGCAUGGCAACGGGCGCCAGUGCCGCGGCAUCUACCGCAAGGCCCGCAGGUGUGAGACGGAGCCUUGCGAGGAGUGCGAGCACCACGGCCGAACCCACGCCAUCAGCGACCGCUGGCGGUCCGGGCAGUGCCGGGUGUGCCAGUGCCUGCCCAACCUGAUGGUGCAGUGCUCCCAGUAUUGUCCCUACAGCACGGUGGCCUGCCCCGAGGGGCGAAUCCUCGUGGAGGGCCAGGGAGAGAUUUGUUGCUACUGUGUGGAGGCUGGCGAGAACCGAACAGCAACGCCCACAGAGGCAGGAGUCACACCCCUGGGGUCCGGCGGGGCCAGCCCAAGUGGCGUCACCACACCUGUGCCACUCAGCACCUUCCCUCUGCCCCUGCUUGGUGAUCUCUGCUACAGCCCCCUGGGCAUCAGCUCCUUGCCAGACUCCAGUUUCAAUGCUUCUUCCCAGCAGCCAGGGAACCUGGCGUAUGCUGCUCGCCUCAACCGUGUGCUGCCCAGUUUGGAUUUACAGGGGUGGAGCCCCCAAGCAGAUGUGUAUCCUGAGCUGCUCUCCCGGCCCCCUUUCUUGCAUGUGGAUCUGGGAGAGCCCAGAAACAUUACAGGGGUAGUGGUGCAAGGGGCCGGAUCCUCUGAUGCCUACGUGACCAGCUUCUUCCUGCAGUUCAGUCCAGAUGGUGUGAGAUGGCUUGACUACUCUGAGAUUUCCCCCAUGCAUGGCAGACCUACACCAAAGCUUUUCGAGGGGAACUCUGAUGAUUCAACCCCUGUAGUGCGGACCUUCCAGCACAUGAUGCUCGCCCGGCAUGUCCGCAUCUUGCCUCAUGACUUCCACAAUGGGAUCUUCCUGCGCAUGGAGUUGCUGGGCUGUGGGAAAGUGUCUCCAGAGCUCCCUGGAACCCCAGCUCAAGUGCCAGGCGGGAGACUUUGCCAGCUGGGUGAGUUCCAUUGCCGGAAUGGACGCUGCAUCCCUGCAGGGCCUGACGGCGCCAUCUGCGAUGGAGUCAACGACUGCGGGGACUUCUCUGACGAACUGCGUUGUGGAGCUGCCCCAUCACUGGAGCCUGCCCCCACACUGGGCUGCUUUCCCUCCCAGUUCCACUGUUCCUUCUCCAAUGUCUGCAUUGAAGCCUCCCAGAGGUGUGACGGGGCCCCCCAAUGCCCAGAUGCCACGGAUGAGAUUGGCUGUGUUCCUCCAAGCAAAGUUCCCCCAGCAAGCACCGCCAGCCCGUGGACCCGGGAAAGGCAGCCGUGGAAGCCUUCAGUGCCCCACCCAACUCUGGUGUCCCCGGGAGGAUGGCUGUCUCAUGAGGGCCUCAGCCCCACCCCACCAGAUCGCUGCAGCGAGCCCCUGGGCAUGGAAGAUGGAAGCGUUCUCAGCCAGCAACUGAGUGCAUCCUCCUACCAGGACGGAAACCCUCCAGAAGCCGGACGCCUCAACACCAGGUCCAAAAUGCGCAACUCAGACACCGGCUGGAGCCCACACCAGGCUGACCCCAGCCCCUACUUCCAGGUGGACUUUCAGCAGCCCACAUUCAUCACGGCGGUGGUCACACAGGGUGGGGGCGAGACUGGGGGCUUCAUCACCCACUACCGGCUGGCCUAUAGUACAGAUGGCGUCUACUUUCAGAAUUAUACCGGGGCAAGACCCCGGACUGCAGCCUCCCUGCAAGCCCAGGUUCUGGAGGGCAACUCAGACAGGUCCACUCCGGUGCGCCAGGACCUAGGCCUGCCCAUCAUGGCCCGCCUCCUGCGCCUGGUGCCCACCGCCUAUCAUGGCAGCAUCUCCCUGCGGAUGGAGGCGCUCGGUUGCUCCUGGAAGACGGAGCCUGUGGUGGAUGCAACAACCCUGCACAGCAGAGUCCGAGUCCCCGGGACAGCCGGCACGGAGCUCCCCCACAGGGGGCCAGUGUCCUUCCCGUGGAAGCUCACUGGAACACCGGGCCUGACUCAAGAGUUCCAGCACUUUGGAGUAGCAACCAUGAAGCCUGGGGAGUCGUCAGCCCCUGGAACAGGCAGGCCCAGCCCUGAGGUUUCCAGGCAGAGCCAACAACCUACUGUGCCUGCUGCCUUCUCCACCGGGACUUCGAGCCUCUUGUGGCCCAUUUCCCAAGGACUGGAGCAGCAGUUGGCACCCACUAUGCCAAGCAUUGCACCCAGAAGCCCGGGGGCCACAGGGCUGCCUGGAUUUCGCACCCUCCCACACCAGCCCAGCCAACCAGAGCUGGGGCCCACAUUCUCAGCAGGUCCCCCUCGCACUCAGAGCCCCGACAUGCCCAGGAUCCUCUGUACACAGGGGCAAUUUGCCUGCGAGGUCUUUGGCUGUGUAGAGGCUGCCUUUGUAUGUGAUGGCCAAGAGGACUGCCUGGAUGGGUCAGACGAGGUGCACUGCGGUGGCCCAACAGCUGCACCCAUCCCUACUCUGCCCGCCCUGUUUCCACUGGGCCCUCCCAGCGCCUGUUCCGCUAAGCAGUUCUCCUGUGGCAGCGGGGAAUGUCUGUCCCUCGAGAGGCACUGCGACCUUCGCCAUGAUUGCCAGGAUGGAUCCGAUGAAGCCAGCUGCGUGGACUGCAUCUUGUCUGCCUGGACCGCUUGGAGUGAGUGCAGCCGAUCCUGUGGGCUGGGAGUGACCUUCCGCCGGCGGGACUUGCUGCGCCAUGCCCUCCCUGGAGGCCAGUGCGACCGUGACGAGUUCGACAGCCGCUCCUGCUUUCACCGGGCCUGCCCAGUGAAUGGGGCCUGGUCCUCCUGGGGCGAGUGGUCGGACUGUGAUGCAGAAUGUCGGGGGGGCGUUCGAAGCCGCACCAGGACUUGUGCGGACCCCCCACCCAAGAACGGGGGGCAGCCAUGUCCCGGCGAUGCCGUGCAGACAGAAACAUGCAACUUGCAGCCCUGUGGAGAUGCUCGAGACUGUGGCCGGGACAUGGUCUACGUGCAGGCUGGACACUGCCAGCGAGGCCUGGUUGCUCCGUGUCCCCAGACAUGCCAGCAGCUGAGUGCUGAGUCAAACUGUCACAGCAGCUGUGUUGAGGGCUGCCGUUGCCCCCCUGGGCUCUUCUUGCAAGAUGGAGGCUGCGUGAACAUCAGCCAGUGCCACUGCUUCUUCGACCACGAGCACCGGCUCCCGGGGGAGAUGUUCCUGAGACACAACUGCAGCCAGUGUGUCUGUUUGGAUGGCGCAGUGACUUGUGACUCAAUGUCAUGCCCUGUGAACUGUGGCUGGUCUGCGUGGUCCCCGUGGACACUCUGCAGCCGGAGCUGCGGGGUUGGGAUGCAGCAGAGAUUCAGGUCUCCCUCCAACCCAGAAGCUGCCAAUGGUGGCGCCCUGUGCCAAGGAGACGCCCAGGAAGUGCGUGAAUGCCACACAGCCUGUGUCCCAGAAAUUCCCAGUACCUGGAGCGACUGGACCCCCUGGUCUCCCUGCUCCAAGACCUGCUUCUAUGCCACGGAUAGCGUGGGAGUGAGAAAGCGGUUCCGGCACUGCAACAGCUCCACAGAGGCUGUGGACUGCGACAGAGAUUCGGCACAGGAGGAACCCUGUGACACGCCUCCUUGCCCAGUGGAAGGCAUCUGGACCCCCUGGACAGCCUGGUCCAAGUGCUCCGCUCGCUGUGACUCGGGUGUUCAGACACGCAACCGCACCUGCUCCAACCCAGCCUACUGGGGCCUCGAGUGCUCCGGACCGCUCAUCCAGACUCGAGACUGCAACAUGCAACCUUGCAAAGAGCUGUGCCCAGGGAACAUGGUCUACCAGACGGCCGAGGAAUGUCAGCAGAAGGGAGGGGCCUGCCCCCGCCUCUGCCUGGACCAGGGCGCCGGGGUGGAGUGCGCCUCCCAGUGUGCCGAGGGCUGCUCCUGCCCAGGUGGGCUCUUCCUUCAGGACGACACCUGUGUGCCCCUCAGCGAGUGCCCGUGCUAUCAUCAAGGAGAGCUCUACCAGCCGGGGGACACCGUCUUGCUUGACUCUUGCAACAACUGCACCUGUCUAGAUGGGGAGAUGGUGUGUGGGACGGUGCCCUGCACAGUGGACUGUGGCUGGAGCACCUGGACCGCCUGGAGCACCUGCAGCCGCACCUGCAACGUGGGAACCCGCCGCCGCUUCCGCUCCGGCUCUGGCUCCGAGCCACCAGCCUCUGCCGGAGGACUCCUCUGCCACGGUUCCAACGUGGAGAUUGAAUUCUGCAGCCUGCAGGCCUGUCAUGGCUCUGGUGCCGAUUGGGGCCCCUGGUCACAGUGCUCAGUGCCAUGUGGAGGUGGCUACCGUAAUCGUACGAGAACAAGCACUGUCCUGCGCAGGAUCGACUUUGCCACCUGCAACCUUCAUCCCUGCACAGGAGGUGCCCCUGGUCAGUGCCCAGCUGGCAAGGUGUGGCGUGAGUGUGCUGAGGGACCAGCCUCUUGUGCGGAGCUCAGCACUGAGCCUGCUGCCAAUGGGACCUGCCAGGCCGGCUGCUUCUGCCCCCGGGGGACUGUCUUGCUGAACAAUCUCUGCGUGCCAAAGGAGGAGUGCCCGUGUGCCCAAGAGGGGCUGCUGUUUGCCCCAGGAGAGCAGGUCUCCAAGGGCUGCGAGAACUGCUCCUGCGUUGCUGGCCGAGUGGACAACUGCUCCCGAGCCGCUUGUGGGGACGUGAACGGCCAGUGGUCCGAAUGGACUCCCUGGAGUGAAUGUUCGGCUCCUUGUGGGCUGGGGUUCCAGAACCGCUACCGCUUCUGCACAAACCCCCCUUCGUCUGGGAUGGGCGUGCCCUGCCUGGGGCCGGACCACGAAGACAAGCCCUGCCACGUCCAGCCAUGUGCCAGGAGCGGAGCCUGGGGGGAGUGGAGCCCAUGGACCGGCUGCACCGUCAGCUGUGGGGGAGGCAUGCGGAGCCGGAGGAGAGCCUGCGACAACCCUGCCCCGCAGAGUGGCGGGGACUACUGCGAGGGGCCGCCCACGCAGGUGGAGGCCUGCCACUUGGACCCCUGCCCAGCACUGAACUGCUCCGCUGUGGAGGGCUCUGUCUACAGCAGCUGUGGACCCUCUUGCCCCCGCACCUGUGACGACAUCUCGCAUUGCCUGUGGACCUGUGAGCCUGGCUGCUAUUGCACUGGAGGGAAAGUUCUGGAUAGAAAUGGCACAGCCUGCGUGGAGAAGCACAGCUGCCCCUGCCUGGAUUUGCUUGCCGGCCACCGGUACCUGCCAGGACAGAUCAUCCCUCGUGGCGACGGCUGCAACACCUGCACCUGCUCCCAAGGGAGGCUGACCUGCACUAACCUGGCCUGUGCAGUUCCUGGCAGCUGGUGUGACUGGUCCCCUUGGAGUCCCUGUUCCAGAACGUGUGGCAGUGAGAUGGUGACCCGCUACCGUACCUGCAGUUGCCCUAAGCCCCACCACGGGGGCCCCGAGUGCGAGGGGACUCAGGAGUACCAUGGAGACAGUGGGAUGCAGCUUGAGAGGAAAGAGUGUCCCACCGCCACCUUCUGUCCAGUGGACGGGGGCUGGAGUUCGUGGAAUCCCUGGUCACCCUGCGAUGCCUGCUUUGGGGAGUCUGCCCGGAGCAGAGAAUGCACCAACCCUCCUGCCCGCUUUGGAGGCCUGUCCUGCCCGGAGGAAGCCCGGCAGAGCCGUCCGUGCCACGAUGGAGUCACUGUGUGUGAAGACUGCAGCGGAGGCCAGGUGUCUUUCCCGUGUGGCAAGCCCUGCCCACGCACCUGUGAGGACCUUCACCCAGACACCACCUGCCUGGAAAGCCAGCAGUGCCAGCCAGUGUGUGCCUGCCCAGAAGAACAGCUGCUCCAGGGUGGCGCCUGCGUCAGGCCCGCACAGUGCCACUGCAAAUAUCGCAGCAGCUGGUUGGGUUCUCUAGAGGGACGCAAUCUCUCUUCCUGGUCAGGCCUGGCUCCCUGGGAGUAUGCUGAGCCCGGGGAGAAUAUUUAUGGGCCUUGCCAGAACUGCACCUGUGUGGCUGGACAACUGCAGUGCAGCGUGGACCCCUCAUGUCACCUGCAUGGGGGCUGGGGCACCUGGGGGCCGUGGUCACCCUGCACCCAGAGCUGUGGGGAGGGAGUCCAGUUCCGCUUCCGACAGUGUGACAGCCCAGUUCCCCAAAACGGAGGCCGGGGCUGCAUAGGCCACAGUGAGCAGCAAAGGCCCUGCCCAAACCAGCAGGAUUGCCCAGAGGAGGAGGCCUGGGGCGAGUGGUCCCUGUGGACCCCCUGCACCGUGUCCUGCGGUGGGGGAGAGCAGGUGCGUAGCCGCCAGUGUAUCCGGCUGGAGUGCCACGGCUUGGCCACCCAGAGCAAGACAUGCAACACACAGGUGUGCCUAGAGGUGGGCUGCCCAGCGGGACGCUUGUACCGGGAGUGCCUGAAGGAAGAAGGGUGCCCCUACAGCUGUUCCCACCUCACCCACCAGAUGGACUGCUUCUCGGAUGGCUGUGAGGAGGGGUGCCACUGCCCAGUGGGCACCUACCAGCACCAUGGGGCCUGUGUCCAGGAGUGUCCCUGUGUCGUGACUGAGGAAGCCCUGAAGAUGCUCCGGAACCACUCCUCGGGGCCUGGCAGAGCUCCAGCGGCCUCGCAGGGUCGGCUGAUUUCCCUGGGGGAGGAGGUGCUGCCAAACACCACCAUCCACUCUGCCUGCAGCAACUGCUCCUGCCGCCACGGGCAGCUGUCUUGCAUUUUCUCCCUCUGCCCCAUGGAUGGGGGCUUCACACACUGGAGCCCAUGGACACCCUGCUCGUUGACCUGUGGGGGGCUGGGGAACAUGACCAGGUCACGUGAAUGCACCAAUCCCUUGCCUGCCAGGGGGGGAAAGGAGUGUGUCGGCCCACAAAUUGACAUCAGGUACUGCCAGGCACCAGAUUGCCAAGCAGUGGCUGGUCCCACGAAAGAGCCUGUCUCUGGCAUCCCAGGCUCUGAGGGGGACGCCUUCUCUCCUUGGUCCUCGUGGACUCCCUGCUCAAAGACCUGCAGUGAUCCAGAUCUCCCAUCCCUCAAGACCCGCAUGCGGUUUUGCCAAGGAGGGGCCAACUGCACGGGAGACGCUUUCCAGGAACGAGCGUGCAAUUUGCCCCAGUGCACAGACACCCCACUGUGCCAGGGUGAGGAAUGUGUGGCUAUGAACUGCACCUGGAAUCCCUGGUCCUCAUGGAGUGAGUGUUCCCGCACCUGUGGAGUUGGGCAGCUGUGGCGUCUGCGCACCUACAAUCCUCCCGGGCCAGGCGGCCAUUGGUGCCCGGACAUCCUUGUGGCCAACGCUGAGAGGCGUUUCUGCAACUUGCAAGCCUGUAAAGGGGACGGUGCCUGGUCCAAGUGGAGCCCCUGGUCGUGGUGUGACCGCAGCUGUAGUGGGGGGCACUCGGUGCGCACACGGACCUGCACCAGCCCCCCGCCCAAGAAUGGAGGGCGCCCCUGUCCCGGCGAGAAAUACCACGUGCGGGUCUGCAAUCCUCAGCCCUGUGAAGAGAGCUGCCCUCCAGGGAUGCAGUUGGUGGACUGCGCCAAUAAAUGUCCACGCCACUGCCGGGACCUCCAGAAAGGCCUGGUGUGCCAGGAGGGGGAGGACUGUGAGCCUGGCUGUCGAUGCCCACAUGGGACGCUGGAGCAGGACAGCGCCUGCAUCACUCCAGACCACUGUGAGUGCACAGACACCCAAGGGCACAGCUGGGCACCAGGCAGCAUCCACGAUGACGGCUGCAGCAACUGCUCCUGCACUGAAGGGCGGCUCCUUUGCACCAACGACACCUGUUUGCCCCUUGGCUGCGCCUGGAGCCUCUGGUCGAGCUGGUCCUCGUGCAGCACCACCUGUGGGAGCGGCCAGCAGACCCGUUUCAGGACUGCCACGUCUGGCUCGUGGGACUCAGAGUGCCUGAAGGAACAGCUGCAGACCCGUCCCUGUGCCCCAGGCCCCUGCCCUCCACUGUGCUUGCAUGAGGGCGAAGAGAUGCAGCUGGGCAGUACCUGGUUUCUUGGAGAGUGCCAGCAAUGCAUCUGCACCCCGGAGGGCAUCUACUGCAUGGACAUUGCAUGUGCAGUUCACGGAGCUUGGACCCCCUGGUCACCCUGGUCUGACUGCCCCGUCACCUGCGGCCACAGCACCCAGAUCCGCACCCGGGCGUGCAUCAACCCCCCGCCACGCAACAAUGGCUCAUCCUGCCCCGGCCCUGAAAGGGAGGCCCAGAACUGUACCACCCAGCCUUGCCCAGGGGAUGAGCUCUGCCAGUGGUCCCCCUGGAGUCCGUGUUCCAGAUCCUGCGGCACAGGCUUGGGGACCCGUGCAGGGGUGUGCGCUUGCCUGCUGCCCCCUGAGGCUGCCGGUGCCCUUUGCAACGAGAGCCGCCAGGAAGUGCAGGCCUGCUAUCUCCAGGCGUGCAAAGAAUGCCCCUGGAGCUCCUGGACACGUUGGACUGAGUGUUCGUGCAGCUUCCUGGUUCAGCAGCGGUACCGGAACCAGCAGGGCUCUGGGGCUGACGGGGAGCCCUGUGUGGGCUUGGACGGGCAGUUCCGCAUGUGCGACUAUUCCCAGUGCUCAGAGUCCAGCUGUGAAGCCCCCUUUAUAUUCCAAGAGUGCGGCUCCCCCUGUGACAGUCUCUGCUCCACCCUCCGGCACCCAGAGCUGUGCCAGGACAUCCCCCGCUGCUUGCCUGGCUGCUACUGCCCACAGGGCCUGGUGGAACAGAACGGAGCCUGUGUCCCGCCCUCACAAUGUGGCUGCCUUCACUUCAACCAGUCAGAAGGUCCUGUGAACUUGGCAGCAGGAGACACCAUUUUUAUUGGAUGCAAGGAAUGCCUCUGCCACCUGGGGUCACUCCGGUGCAGCAGUGAAGGCUGCCAAGGGCUCCUUCCGCUCAGCGCCUGGUCCGAGUGGACCCCCUGCUCUGCCUGCCUGUCCUGGACGGCCCUCAGCCCCAGCACUGUCUCUGGCCUCCUGGUUCAGCCCCCCAGUGGGCCUGGAGAGGGUGCUCCCCCUUCGGCCCUGGUGUCUCUGCAGCAUCGCUACCGGAUGUGUCUGGACCCCCAGACAGGCAAACCUUGGGCAGGGAAGACAGCCUCGUGCUCAGCAGAUGUGGAGCAAGAGCGACUGUGCCCAGAUCCUCAUGUCUGUGAAGAUUUCUGCCUGUGGAGUGACUGGAGCCCCUGGAGUCCAUGCCGCGAGCCCUGCAGCGGGGGUUUCCGUGUGCGAUGGCGCUCUGCCCACCACCCAGCAGGAACACAGCGCUGCCAGGGGCCACGAUCGCAAUCCGAGAGCUGCAACACAGCGGCUUGCCCAGGAGAGGACUGUGAGGAUCGGGGUAAGGAGCAUGACCCGGUCUGUGCCAACGGCUGCCCCCGCAGCUGCACAGACCUCUGGGAGCAGGUGGAGUGUCUGCGAGGAGACUGCAAGCCAGGCUGCCGAUGCCCUGAAGAGAAACUCCUGCAGGACGGCGUGUGCGUGCUGAUCCCCACGUGUCGCUGUGGACUCCCCACGGCCAAUGGCACUCUGGAGUACCUUCCUGGGCAGGCUGCCGAACUGGCGUGUCACAACUGCACCUGUCUGAAUGGCACCUUUGAGUGUCCAGAGCAGGAGUGUCCAUCCUACGGAGAAUGGUCCCCUUGGGGCCCCUGUUCAGCCAGCUGCGGAGGGGGCAGUGCCCUGCGACACCGCCCCUGUCACGAGAGCCUUGACGGAGUGCCCUGUGCAGCCGAUGCCAUGGAGGAAGUGGCCCAGUGCAACACACAGCCCUGUCCUGGGGGCUGCCUGCUGAGUGAGUGGUCUGUGUGGAGCCCCUGCAGCGCCAGCUGUGGUGGAGGCAUAUCUGAGAGGAGCCGCAGCUUGCUGUCCCCCACAGAGCAGCCGUGUCCUGUCCCGGUCCUGCAGCACCAGGCCUGCAACACGCUCAACUGCACCCCAGAGUGCCCAGGGCUCCAAGUCUUCAGCAGUUGCGCCAACAGCUGCCCCCAGGCCUGCUCAGACUUGCACCCAGAAACCCAGUGCCUGCAAGAGGAAUGCCAGCCCGGCUGUUCCUGCCCCGCUGGCCAGGUGCUGCAGGAUGGGACGUGUGUUCCUGCAGAGGAGUGUCGCUGCUCACUAGGCGUGGCAUCGGCCUUGCCAUGGGCUGCCAACCUGUCCCAAGAGGAGCGGGCCAAGGAGUACCCCCCAGGCACCGUAAUUCAGCACGAGUGCAACAGCUGCGUCUGCCAGGGAGGCACCUUCAACUGCAGCCAAGGGGCCUGUGAUGUGCCGUGCGUUUGGUCAGAAUGGUCGUCCUGGUCGCCUUGUUCUGUGACCUGCAGCACCGGCAAGCGGAUCUCUCGGCGGUACCCACUGCAGCAGCGCCUGCUCGGAGGCGCAGAAUGUGAAGGCCCUGCCGUGCGCCAGAAGCCGUGCUCCCUCCCAGGCUGUGCCUGCCCUGAUGGAGAACUCUGGCUCCAGAGCAACUCUGCAGGCCCGUGCGAGCGGAGGUGCUCCCAAAUCUACGAGGAUCUUCCCCAGAACUGCAGCUGGGGAGCAGACGGGCACUGCGUGUGCCAGCCCGGGCACUACCGGAACAGCAGUGGGCACUGUGUGGUGGCUGCACUCUGUGCGUGUGAGCAUCAAGGCCAGGUUUACUUGGCCGGAGCAGAGUGGCGUGCGGGCUGCGAAACUUGCCAUUGUCUGAACGGGAAAGCCACGUGUGGGGAAGACUGCCCUCCGCUCACCUGCCUUGAGGGAGAAGCCAAAGUCCAGGAUCCUGGCAGCUGCUGCCCCAUCUGCAGGAAGGAAGUGCUUGAGGAGCCCCUGUCCUUCUGUCAGCGUUACACGGAGCUGCGCAACGUCACCAAGGGGCCCUGCUCCCUGGCCGAGGUGGAGGUGAGCUACUGCAGUGGGCGCUGCCCCUCCCACACCCAUGUCACCCCUGAGGAGCCCUACCUGCAGACCGUAUGCGACUGCUGCAGCUACCGCCUGGACCCGGUCAGUCCAGUGCGCAUCCUGAACCUUCAGUGUCUGGGGGGCGAGGUGGAGCCCGUGGUGCUGCCAGUCAUCCACAGCUGCGAGUGCAGCAGCUGCCAAGGUGGUGAUUUCUCCAAGCGCUGAUGAUCCCCUCCCGGCUCCCUGACCAGCUGCAGGUUCCAGGCCUUUGUGGAGGUUGCUGGUCCAGUCCAGAUGCCUGCAGAGCGGCUUCUUGCACGAUGCCCAGGGCCUCCUCCAGCCUCUCCAUCCCUGGCUCGCGAAACCAGCCUUAGCACAGUUUAUUAUUUUUUUGCCAUUCAAUAAAACAGCCCAGCUGCGGUUUCACA